AAUACAUCCUUAGAUUAAAAUACAUUCUGGCAAAUCUCUUCAUUUAAUUCUAAACCCCAUUGGAUUUACCGACUUGGCUGCCUUUGCUCAAGAAAGCUAGCGGUACCUGUUCUGCAAUACAAAGCCUACAUAUUUUCACAGAUUAACAUGUCAAAAAUACAGCUAUUGAGGUCGUUUUUCAACCAGAGAUUAGCAGCUGCUGCUGAAGAGAUAUUCGGGGUCGUUGAAAAAACAAUAACAGAGUACCAGGACGAACUUUCCCGCUCUGAAGAGAAGAACACUCGUCUACAGAACCUCCUUGAUGUCGCUAUUAGACCUGAAAUAAAGUUAUAUAGAGCAGACGCAGAGCAGAGGCUGCAGCUCCCUCUCUGUGUAGAAGAGGUCCCCCCAGAGCACCUGGAGCAGGACUGUAGCCCCAGUCUCAGGCAGGAAGGCCCAAAGAACAUUCACAUUAAAGAGGAAUUGGAGGAAAUCAGGACCAGUCAUGGUGAAGAGCGGGAGUCUGACACUUCCGUGUUCAUAUUCACUUCUCCCUGUCUGCAAAGGGACAAUGAUCAGGACCCACCACAUACCUCACAUGUACACCAAACCCAAAGUACAGGCAUCACAUACAGAGAGUUUAAAACAGAAACUAAAGAGGAUGACGCCUCCCAUUCCCUCUCCGAACCCAUCUCUGCAGUGGAGUCAACCUAUCGAAGUUCCCCCGCCAGGAGCUCCUGCAAGGUGUGCGGAAAGACUUUCCUCAAGAAAAUGUAUUUCUUCAAACACGUGCGAAUGCACACCAAGAUAAGAGAGCGUGUCUGUGGCGUGUGCGGAAAGCAGCUUGAAUUGGAGGAUAUAAAAGAUCACGUCCAAGCUCAUAUCGAUGCCCAUUUCACCUGUCACGUCUGUGGCAAAUGCUUCAUGAACAACAGUGCUCUGGGUUUACACAUGAGGGUCCACACCGGAGAGAAGCCUUACCAGUGUCCCGUCUGUGGCAGGGGUUUCGCCGGAAUCACCAACCUGACCAAUCACAAGCGGAGCCACACGGGGGAGAAGCCGUACACGUGCACCGUCUGCGCCAAAGGCUUCAGCGUGAGCUGCAACCUGACACAGCACAUGAUGAUCCACACCGGGGAGAGACCCUACCACUGUCCCGACUGCCAGAAGGGAUUCAUUACCAUGGUCCGACUAAGGAGACACCAGAUCGCGGUUCACGCGCAGGGCGGAAGCUUCUUCAGCCAAUGACUGUGGCUACCAGAGCGCAGCACACAGAGAGACAGGUGUCGUGACGGUUCCCUGCUACUAGACCCACUGAUGCAGAAGACAACAUGACCCCUGGCAUCUUGACAGUCCCACUUGGUCUCCUUGACCAAGUCUUAGCCUUGGGGCAGAUAGGACCCAGGUAUCUGUUAACCUGUGAAGUGCACUGUUUCUGUAAUAACUGUGUCCUGUAACUGUGCCUGCUAGAAGAUGAGCGUGAGUACAUUUCACUACCAAUAACCUUAUCACAGUGCCCUUUCCGGCUGCUAAUGAUCGAGUGUCUCAACCACACCGCUCCCCCUUUUCCCCUCCAAUUGCGCAUUUCAAAAUUCAAGUGCGCUGAAAAUAAAUCCCUGGAAGUAACUAGUCAUUCAUUUUAAAAAGUCUUAAAGUCAACAUGUGAUGUCGUUUUGAAUGAAAUAGUGAUUGGCCGACAUGUCACUAGGGGCGUGUACGUAUCCCUGACAAGUGUUUGUUCCUGUAACGGUGAUGUUUGUUUUCGUCUGAUACUGUCUGUGUGUUUAUGGUCAUUAUGUUUGAUAUUGUCUGAAACACCCUGCCCAAUGUGAUCUGGGUUGGAACAGGUCUCUCUUGAAAAGAAAAUAUUUCAUAUCAGUGAGAGAAAUUGUAUGAAUAAAAGUAAAAAAAAACGAAUUUGCCAUAGCACAUUGCAACUUUUACUUAUGACAUUUAUAUUUUAACUGGUCACGCGUACACUGACGAGAACAAGUACAUGUCUUUCUUCACUACACACACUGACAACUCACAGGCCAAGGAGAAAAAUUAGAAGUGAAAAUGCGGAAUAUUCCCCACAUCACUUAUCCCAGUCAAACCCUCUCAGGUUUCCACAGGAUGUCUUUGCUUGCUUCACUACACCUCAUCGGAAAUGAAUAGGGCUGUGAUAUUUUAGUGCUUGAGUUGGAAGUAACACUUCACAAUAUUGACUUGUUCUUUAAGGAUUAAACGUUACUAUGAUUUGAAUAAAUCCAGUCUUUUUCAUUCUUAGAACUUCUUCGGGAACUGGGAGUUCUCGAGGGUCAAUGGUGAUUGACAUCUUUCUGCAAGUCUGGUUGAGAUAUUGUACUGAACCUCUAUAGAGAAUAGAAUGCACAUGGAACUGCUAUGUGACAGCAUACAUUCUUAACAUCUAGCAAACAACCCAGAUGUUUAUACUCCAGUCAGGUGGAGAGAUCUUUACCUGAGACCAUGGUCCAAUACUCCAGCCAGGUGGAGAAGUGUUUACCUGAGACCAUGGUCCAAUACUCCAGUCAGGUGGAGAGGUGUUUACCUGAGACCAUGGUCCAAUACUCCAGCCAGGUGGACAGGUGUGUGAUUUGCAGGUCUGUUUUGUUAUCGGCCUUGGUGUGACACACAGAGCUUCGGCAACAGUCUCCAUCUUGUACUGGCUGAUCUUUCUCAGACACUUAACCUGUCUGCUCUGCUCCCCUCCUCCGCAGGUCCGACUGCACGGCCCCCAAUCCCCAACACUCCAGCUGAAACAACACCAGUCAAAAACAACACUAGCUUUUAACACCAUUAAAAAACAACAAUACCAUUUAACAGUUAUAAAAUAAUUUAACACCCACAACAUCAUUGUAAUAAAAACAGUCUAAAACUAUACUGGAAAUAAAGUCUACAGACCUGGAAGGUGAAAAAAUCAGUACUUCUGUCCCUGAGCUCCCCUCAGAAAAUAUUAAUGUAUUGUUAAUUUCCAAAUUACCCCCCCCCCCUUAAAAAACCCAGGAUUUUAUAACUGUUCACCCCUUUAGCUACAACACACCUGAAUGAGUGGUGCAUCAAAUUGACUUAGUUAAUAGCACCUGUGUGCCAUUAAGGUGUUUGACAUGAUUUCCAGUUAAAUACACCUGUCUCUGGGAGGUCCCACAGCUGGUUUGUACAAUUCCCAACACUACACAUGCAAGGUAUGACAUCAAAAUGAAAUAAGUUCUCGACUGCUGUGUUUACUCAUUAUACUCUUCUGAUUUUUCUUCUGCUUGUUCUUAGACAGUAAAUCACAACAGAGUAAAAAGCAUUUGCUCUAUGAACAGUCUGAUUCAACUAAAAUAUAUGAAUAAAUAGCAUGAUGUCACUAUACGGUCUAUUUAAACAGUCUGAUGUCACUAUGGUGCCUAUAUGAUGUCAUCAUAAGGUCUCUAUAAACAGUGUGAUGUCACUAUAGUGCCUGAAGGAUGUCACCAUAAUGUUUCUAUAAACAAUGUGAUGUCACUAUAGUACCUGUAUGAACAGUGUGAUGCCAAUAUAGUAUAUGCAUAAACAGCAUGAUGUCACUACAGUGCCUGUAUGAACAGUAUGAUGUCACUAUACUGUCUAUAUAAAUAAAGUGAUGACACUAUA